CCCGAAUUUCUGCUGGAUUCUUUUGUGAGAUCAACAAUAAAUUAAUUGUGCUACUUUCCGACUUGUCGUCGACUUGUCGUCUUUUUCUGGUGUUUGGUAUCAAGUCUUGUCACCCACCUCAUGUACUAUGGCAGCUCCGGAAGGAAAGUUCUUCAUCGAGAGUAAGCUGGCAACGCCCGCUCCGCAUCAUGCGAGCUUCAAGGCGUUAUGGGAGACUAAAUGGAAGCCAUUGUGCGACAAGGGAGUUUACCCAUUCAUGUUUGGGUGCACCAAAGACUUCCAGCCCGUCAUUGAUGAGAUUAUCAAGAAAAACCUAAAGGAACCGUAUGAUUGGGACCAGUAUGCCGAGUGUUUCUUUCCCAAAGCCCGGGAGCUGGCGGAAGCAGCCGAAUUCGCAGAGAAAGAUGGUAAUAAGGAGAAAGCAUCAGAGCUCUACUUACGAGCUUCAGCUCUGUAUCGUAUUGCUCGGUUCCCGGCACCAAGAUCAGAAAAGCAGCGCUACGCCUGGGAGGAGGGCAAGAAGGUUGCUAGAAAGGGCUUGGGCUUGCACGAGUUCCCCAUGGUCCAGGUUGAUAUACCCCACGUCCACGCACAAGGCGAUGAUGGCAAGCUCUUGCCCGGCUUCUUCCAUCUUCCCGCAACUGCAUCGGUUUCAAACAAAGUGCCCCUGAUUAUCAUCUUCACCGGACUCGAUGGAUAUCGCACUGAACUGGCUGUCUGGAAAGAGGGCUGGAGAACAUUAGGAUGUGCUACUCUGAUUGUCGAGAUUCCUGGCACGGGCGACAAUCCAGGCACACCUAUUGAUCCCACCAGCCCCGACCGGGUAUGGAGCAGUAUGUUUGACUGGAUUGCCAAACAAGAUGCUAUUGACCAGAGCAAAAUUGUGAACUGGGGCUUCAGCACGGGGGGGUAUUACUCGAUUCGCGUGGCUCAUACGCAUGCAGACAGGCUGAAGGGCGUGGUUGUGUUAGGUGGUGGAUGUCAUCAUAUGUUUGACCCUAAGUGGUUGGAUCAUGCUGAUCAUCUUGAAUAUCCGUUCGACCUCUCUCACACCUUAUGCUACAAGUUUGGCUUCGGACAUGACUUCGAUCGCUUUAAGAAAGAAGCCAGUGAUAAGUUCUCACUUUUGAAUGAUGGAACACUUACCAGGCCUUGCACGAAGCUCUUGUUGGUCAACGGGACAGAAGAUGAGAUUUUCCCUAUCGACGACUACUAUCUGUGCCUCCACCAUGGGAUGCCCAAAGAAGCUCGGUUUAUCGCGAAUAGAAAACACAUGGGUGAGCCAGAAUCAUUCCUCAUCAUCCUGCCAUGGAUAUGGGAACUGCUGGGUAUUCAAGGAAACACUGGACAGUUCAUGUCUACGAUUCCAUUCAAGCCAAAGUACUAGGGCUAGAAAGCAUCACGUUGUUUCUAUUAACGUACCCCACAAGCAAGUUGGCCACUUUUUCUUGG